UCGGCCUUUUUUUUUGCCCUAUUAUAUCUGUUUGCCGGGGGAAUGAAUCGGGCGGCAUUUGGUUUCGCGCCGAGGAAGAGGGCAGAAGCAUACGCCGAAGGACAAAGGGUAGAGGCGUGGCUGUGAGGGUGCAAGCUGAGGCGGCGAGGGACGAGGUCGAGCGGCGCCUGCGAUGGGGAUCCAAGGGCUACUCCCCUUGCUCAAGUCUAUUAUGGCGCCGAUCCAUGUGGAGGAGCUUCGAGGACAGGCAGUGGCGGUGGACGCUUAUUCCUGGCUCCACAAAGGCGCCUUCUGCUGCGCCACGCAGCUCUGCAAAGGCCUUCCCACCUCCAAGCACAUUGAGUAUUGCAUGCAUAGAGUAAAUCUGUUGCGGCAUCAUGGAGUCAAACCUAUUCUUGUAUUUGAUGGUGGGAAUCUACCAAUGAAGAUUGUACAAGAAACCAAGAGGUCAAGGGCUAGGAAAGAAAAUCUUGCACGAGCAAUGGAACAUGAAGCAAUGGGUAAUUCUUCUGCUGCUUUUGACUGCUACCAAAAGGCUGUUGAUAUUUCACCUGCAAUUGCACUUGAACUAAUUCAGGUUUUGAAGCUGGAAAAGGUUGACUAUAUUGUAGCCCCUUAUGAAGCUGAUGCGCAGAUGACCUUCUUGUCCAUCAACAAACUUGUUGAUGCUGUCAUUACAGAAGACUCAGAUUUAAUACCUUUUGGCUGUUCUAGAAUAAUCUUCAAAAUGGACAAGUUUGGUCAUGGAGUUGAGUUCCAGGAUUCAAAGUUGAGAAAAAAUAAGGAUCUUGAUUUAACUGGAUUUACCAAACAGAUGAUGCUCGAGAUGUGCAUUUUAAGUGGUUGUGACUAUUUGCCAUCACUGCCAGGUAUGGGUUUGAAAAGGGCCCAUGCACUUGUCAAGAGGCUUAAAAGCUAUGAGAAUGUUAUUAAGCACUUGAAGUAUAGUGCUGUAUCCAUCCCAUCUUCUUUUGAGGAAAUGUUUAAAAAAGCAAUUUGGGCGUUCCAACAUCAGAGAGUUUAUGAUCCUGCAAAAGAGGAUCUUGUCCAUUUGUUGGAGCCACCUCAAUGUCCUUUUGAAGACCUUGAUUUUCUAGGCCCAUGGCUAUCCCAAGACUUAGCAAAAGGAAUAGCAAAAGGCGAUAUUGAUCCAAUGACAAAGAUGCCAUUCCAGGUAAAAAGUGUAGAGAAUACAUCGAUGCUUAAUGGAAGUUACCCUGUACAACAAUCUGUAUCAUCAAGCGAGAAGAGAAGGCUUGAGUUGCCCGUCCAAAAGAAUUUGCUAACCAACUACUUUUGUCUAGCAUCAGUUGAAGCAAGACGGAAAUUUAGGGCCCCGAAAGUCAUGCAGAAAGAUCUGGUAACACCAGAUUCAUCUUCUCCAAGCUCUGGAACCUGUAGCUCUGGACCACUUGCUUCAGCAAAAGAUGCUACUUGUUAUACGAGCAGUACUCAAAGCACUCCAGUUGAUCAAGAUGACAAGGAUGGCUCUGGUCCUGAAGGUCAUGUUACAGAUACAGCAAUGGAAACGAUGGAAGAUAAGUUCCUCAAUCCAAUCCAGAAACAGGACGUAAAUAGGCUAACUGUACAUGGUGGCUUUACAGGUCCGCAAAUUUCCUCCUCCAGAUGUAAACCAUUUUUAACAUCACACAAGGAAAAGACGUCCCACCAGGCAACGUCUGUGGUCGACGAGACAAGAGUGUCUACAAACAGAAAAGUCAUUGUGAGAAGCUCAUACUUCAAGCAUAAGCCAUCAGAUGUCAAUAGUCUCCAUCGACCCAAUGAUGGUGCCACAGAUGGUAAUGAAAAUAACGAUUGUAUUCCUGGUGGCUACCCUGUCAAGAAAAGAAAACUAUCCGAGGACAACGAAAAUCAGCCACCCAUCUUAGUAAUGAAUCAGGAAAAUCUGCCAUCAAAGAAUGCAAGGACUUCAGUUCAUCAUGGAGAAGAUAAUCAAGUGUCUCGUUUGAACAACAAUGGCGCCAUGGUAAGGGAAGGAGGAAAAUUCGGUUGUGACAUUUCACAUGUGAACAACUACACAACUGUAGCGGAGAGAUCAAUGGACAGGUUUGCAGCGCUCAUGUCAUCUUUCAGAUACACUCGAUCGAGUGCCCGUGCAAGCGGCCUCCGUGCACCUCUAAAAGACGUUCAUAAUUCUUCUUCCUCUGCAAGGAGGAAAGCCGUGCCCAUUGCCAUCGAAGAAUUCACAUAUACAUCCCAAAAAUAAGGUUGACUUGGGGAGUUUCUACUUUCUAGUCAGCCAAAUUUCCACAAUUUUGUAAUGUAUGCUCAGUGGCCUUUGCCAUUUAUACAUUUUGGUAGGCCUCUAAUGUUACAAUUGUUUAACUGUAGCUUUAAGCAAGAAGUUUAAGUGGAAAUAUAGAAGCAUGGAUUUAUGCACACAUUUUUAUUCA